AUGACUAAGGGGGUAAUAUUCAGUCACCCAUUUCAUACAGGAGGUAGCAAAGGUUAUGCUUUUGUGGAAUUUGAAUAUGAUGAAAUUGCAAAGAUAGCUGCAGAUACCAUGAACAAUUACCUUAUCCGUGAAAAACUCUUGAAAUGUGAGCUUAUGCCAGCAGAAAGAGUACAUGAAAACCUCUUUAAAGGUUCUGAGCAAAAGUUCAAAAAGCCAUCCUAUCCAGCAGUAAAACACUACAACCGGAAUCGAACAGCACAGGAGAAAGAAAAGAUGGCUGAGAGGCUGUUGAAAAAGGAGGACAAGUUGCGAAAAAGGCUGGCUGAGAAAGGAAUAGAUUAUGAUUUCCCCGGAUUUACUGCUCAGAUGCCUCUGAUAAAGAAAAAGAUGGUUUCAAAAUCAGUUUCUAAUGAGGAGGCAGCAGUGGAAGAUAAA